GAGAGGAUAAUUUUCGAGAUGGGGGGCGGAGAGUUUCCAUAAAGCACCAGAGAGCAACGGCUUUACAACAUCUUGUUCUCUCGUGUUUGUAGCAGUUCCUGUGCAUUUUGAGGAGGACACAGAUAUGGUGGUGCUGAGGUUGGUCAUGCUACUGCAGGGGCUGCUUCUCGCCGCACGAUGUGAGGUCAGAGCCAGAGACCCAGAGGUAGAAGAGGAGGACGAGCUGAAGGACAUGUCUGAUGGUCGUGGAUUGGACCAUAGAGUUCCACUGGUUGGGUUUGGAGCACCUCAUCAUGGUCAAGGACUAAACAGGCAGAGCCCUGAUGUAUAUGCAUCUGUCCACCAUCCACUUGGUCAUGAACACCAUGAUCCCACUCCUGGACAUCUUUCUCCAGACAUGCCCAAGAGAACAGAGGACCCAUCAGAUCCAUCAGGUGCAACUGAGACCAAGGGCUCUUUACCUCGCACUGGGAAUUGGUGUGCGUUUGUUCACAAGCGUGCUGUUACUGUGGCAGUAUCCUGUGGAACUGAGAAGUACACCAUCAAGUCCCAGAGUCCCUGUCCUAACGGCACCCCAGACUGCCAGCUAGUCAUGUACAAGCUGUCCACUCGGCCAGUGUACAGGCAGAAGGAGAAAAUCUACACUGCACUGCUGUGGCGAUGCUGCCCUGGGCAUGCUGGGGAAAACUGUGAGGAGACAGUCACAGACAGCCACAUCUCUGAAUCUGAAGACCCCACCAAGGCAGGCACAGCACAUCCGGGGAGACAUGAAGCAACAGACAGACGAUAUAAAAAACUAACUCAGGAGAACAGAGAGCAGAAUGAUUACCAAAUGUUUGGCGGUCCACUCUAUGAAACUCAACAACCUGAUGUAGAGAAUCAAACUGCAGCAGAGCCCAUCGAUGACUAUGAGCACAGCCCUCAUUCUGUCCAUGACCAACAUAACAAUCAACACUUCGAGAGGAGAGAUCCUCAUGCUGCAAAUGAAGGUGCUCCUCACCCUGAAAUACCUUACCUUCACCGUGGGCUCCUACCAAUCUUGAAAGAGGCUGUGAUGUCUCAGCUGCAGCCUGUAUUGGAGAAUUUCAAUCUAACCCUGGAACGGCUUUUUCAGGAGGUGCAGGGUUUGCAGUGGGACAUGGACCAACUCCGACAUGAGCAGGGGCAGGGGAGGGUCGCUGAGCCUCUAGAGGUUGGUGGUGAGGAGCACAAUCCGCAGGAGGCUGUUGAGGCAGAGUUGAGGGAGGGAUUCCAGAAGCUGGAGGAGGUGAAAGCUCAGUUUCGCAACCACCGCAAUGAGGUAGAAGCAAGGCUCCACGCACAACAAACCAUGCUGCACAACAACCUGACGAAUUUCAAGACAGACAUGGAUGUCAAAAUUAAGCGUAACCAAAAGAUGUUACAGGUGAAUCUCCACUCUCUGAACACAUCAAUGUCUGAAGUGUGGCAGGAGCAAGAGAGGCUGGACAAGGAACUUCAGAAGAUUUGGCAUGAAAAGAAGACUGAUCCUGCACAGAGUCAGUCUUAUGAGAGCACAGCUGUUUGGGAGGCCAUCACACGUCUGGACAACAAAGUCAUCAACAACACAGUGAGACUUAGUGGCUUGAUUGAAGGCCAAGAACAAGUGACUGAAAACAUUAAGGACCUCCAGAAUGGCUGGAGAGAUCUGGACAAGAAAAUAGUCCAGACUGGCCGCAACAGCCAGGUUCAGUUUAUGGAGACCGGUUUAGAGGUGGAGGCAGCCAAGGUAGCAGUUCUUGACCGCAUUAAUGAGCUAAGCAGCAACAUCAGUGUUCUUCAGAGCACCAUGCAGGAGAUGGAGACUGAUGUCGACCAUCUCUAUGCAGAGUUCUACAAGAAUAUAAGUUCGGCAAGUGGGGAUUGUGACUGUAUCGCUCUUGGAGCAUCUGUGACCCAACUGGAACAAACUGUAGCUAACGUGAUGAAGAUAGCGAAUGCAAAUAAGUUGGCCCGUGAGAGUGCGGCACAGGAGAUGUUGGACAAUCAGGACAAUGGUGCUUGGAUUCCAUCUGUGGAAGAUCUGAAACUAGGGCUGCUAAAUGUGCAAAAGUCCCUUGCCUUUGAACAGGAAAAGAGCAGAAUGUUACAGCACAAUGUGACCCAGCUCCAGGCCUCUCUGCUGGGCAGCCGGCAGGACAUCGAAACACUCCAGGAGCAGGACAGGGUCAAGGUCGAGAAGAUCCAGCAACUACAUAGCAUUUUCAACACCUUGCUUCAGGACGCCAUUCGUCACUCGGAGAUACUGGAUAUUUUGCUGGAGGAAGAGGUGUUGGAGUUUAUAUUGUUGUCUCAUGAGGACAAAAGACGUUUCUCUAUUCCAGAAUUGAGGGAAAGCAUCAGAGAAAUGCAAGAGCAGAUCAAUGGACAUAGUCGCAGCUUGGCCUCAAUGCUGAACUCUGCUACCCCUCAGGUGGCGGCAGCAGAUGAGCCCUCAGUGCUUUCAGACUGGGUCUCGGUGGGCACCAAAAGGAGACGUGGGGAUGAAAGGUUUGACUUGUCCGAGGAACUACCAGAGUACUCUGAUGAUGACUUCUGGACUUUAGAGAAAAUGGUGAAAGAACUUGGAGCUCACAUUAAACAGCUUGAGGAGCAUCGCUGUCCUUCUUGCUGCAACUGCACUAAAAGUUCUGUCUCUGGAGGUGUGGAGGUGAAACUGCAGUCUGAGGUGGAGGUUUUGCGUAAGGACCUGGAGACCCACCUUGGAGUUUUUAACAGCAUUUUCAGUAAUACAGAGGGACUUACUGGCUCUGAGGUGUCUGUGGAUUUGAAUAAAUUGUCAGCAUUGAUGAAGAGAAAGGAAGCAAAACAACAAAACAGGAAACAAAAGAAGAGAGCAGAUAACAGAGCUGUUCAGACAGGAGAACGAGUGAAUUACCGCAGCAGGAGGGAUGCAUCACUGGAGUCCGCAGUGCUUCGUCAGCUCCCAGAUAGUCCAAUUAUGUUCCUGGCCAGCACUACUGAAGGUACUAAUGGAUCUGGCACAAUACUUUUUGAAAGCGUGACCCUAAAUCAUGGACAGUUGUACUCGCCAAAAACAGGCAUAUUUCGGGCUCCUACUUCUGGUGCUUACCUCUUUGUGGUAACACUGGACUUUGGACCAGGCCCAUCUCUGGCUCAAUUAAAGAGAGGUGGAGAGGUAGCUGCCUCCUUGCGGCAGAACCCGAGGAAGUUGGGUGCACCUGCAACACGUGUCUGCAUCCUGCAGAUGGAGCAAGGAGAGGAACUCCGUCUAGAGCUGGUGCAGGGAACUAUAGAGCGCAACAACCCACAAGAUAACACCUUUGCGGGACUACUAAUGCUGCAGACCACCUGAGAACAUGCAACUAUCUAAAAGUGCUAGAAGACUGUAAGAUGGCAAAAAAAA